GCUCCAAUGGUGAGGGAGCAACAAACACACAAGUAAGCAAGCGUUCGUCCCACAAGCAAAGGCCGGGAGUAGAGACAUCAGACGCCUAGCUAGAAAUAAGCAGGAGACGAUGAAGAGUAGCACGCUCAUCAUGGCGAUCAUCCUGGUUGCCCAGGCCGUCCUGAUCGUGGGAGUCUUUGCGGCGGUGUCCAUAGAAAACAGUAGUGCGGGGGUUGGGGAGGAGGAGGUCACCGCCGUGGAGCCACAGCCAAACCCGGGCAAACUCUCAUGCUGCAAGAACUGCACCUCUGUCUCCCCACCAUCCGGGCUCUUCAUGUGCCAUGACGAACUCAGCAGCGAGCCAUUGUGCCAGAAGUCCGGUUGCAGGACAUGCCAAGUGGCGAGGCACUACCCAAAGAUGACCUUCAAGUGCAUCGAUGAAUUCAACGGUACGUGCCCCCCGCGGUGCUCGAAGAGCUAAUUGAAGAUAAGCAGCAGAGCCAUUGUCCUCGUGGCGCCGUGCAAGAACAAGCAAGCCUUAUAUAUAAGUAUGUUGUUGUUUAUUUCCAUAUAUAUAUAUAUAUAUAUAUGUAUGUAUGUAUGAUAAGUGGCCGGUGAUAUCUGUAACGCUAUGUGGCGCUCCACUAAUUCACUUUGUGAAUCAGCGCCUGUAUAUGAUGAAUAAAUAAACAUUAAUGCGUGUACUUCAAACA